AUGAUCGACCGGACGUCACGAUGGGUGGAAGCAGCGGUGGUCCCCGACAAGUCUGCCCAUUGGGCAGCAGCGACAUUUAUUCGGCAAUGGGUUACACGAUACGGAGUACCCAAACAGCUAAUAUGUGACAACGACAAAGCCUUUACCAGCGUCAUCAUGAAGGAGUUGUUGGACCUAUUGGGAACCAAGCUGGUCACGACCACCCCCUACCACCCCGAAGGGAACGGACCGGUAGAGUCAUUCCACCGACACCUUCGGAAGCACUACGAACGCAUACGGGGAGAAAGCAUGAGAGGCGAAGAAGAGUCGCUAGCACUGGCCAUGUUCCU